CCACCCAUGACAUCAUUGACGCGGAGGGGACCUGCAAAGCUGCCCAAAUGGAGGUGUCUAUUUCAAAGUGCAAGCUGUUCCAGCUGGGCUUUGAGCGCGAGGGGGUGCGAGUCAACGACCGCCACUGCCCUGGCAUUGAAGGGGAGGACUUCAUCUCAUUCCAGAUCAACAACACCAAAGGCAACUGUGGCAACGUAGUGCAGUCAAACAGCACGCACAUAGUGUACAAGAACACGGUGUGGAUUGAGAGUGCGAACAACACAGGCAACAUCAUCACCCGGGACCGGACCAUCAAUGUGGAGUUUUCCUGCGCCUACGAGCUGGACAUCAAGAUCUCCCUGGAUUCGGUGGUGCGGCCGAUGCUCAGUGUGAUUAACCUGACGGUGCCGACGCAGGAGGGGAGCUUCACGACCAAGAUGGCCCUGUACAAGAACUCAUCGUACAAGCACCCCUACCGGCAGGGCGAGGUGGUGCUCACCACCCGGGACGUGCUCUAUGUGGGGGUCUUUGUCGUCGGGGCCGAUUCCAACCACUUGAUCCUGAUGCUGAACAAGUGCUACGCGACCCCUUCGCGGGACAGCAAUGACAAGCUGCGCUACUUCAUCAUCGAGGGAGGGUGCCAAAACAUGAAGGACAACACCAUUGGCAUAGAGGAGAACGGGGUGUCAUUGACGUGUCGCUUCCACGUCACCGUGUUCAAGUUCAUCGGGGAUUAUGAUGAAGUUCACCUUCACUGCGCUGUCUCGCUCUGUGAUUCGGAGAAAUACUCCUGCAAAAUAAACUGCCCUCAGCACACAAGGAUGGCCAGUGCGUUCGCUGAGGAACCCAAGGAGCAGAUUCUCUCGGUGGGACCUAUUAGAAGGAAGCGAUCAGACUGGUGUGAGGACAACGGAGGCUGCGAGCAGAUUUGCACGAGCCGGGCGGACGGACCGCUGUGCAGCUGUGUGACGGGGACGCUGCAAGGGGAUGGCAAGAGCUGCAGGGGCAAGUACCAGGGAGGGGUGCAGGAGGAGUUGAGGCAAGUGUGGCGGCCUAGCACGCCACCAGUUUUCGUGAUUUUCCACAUCCCCAACGGGCAUCACUCGCCUCCGCCCUUGGCUGCCUCCCAAUAG